GGUCUUUAGAUAAUUUUCCCAGUCCGAGGCCCGCCAAUUCUAUAUCACGGAACAACUCUUCCUUAGGUACAUUUGGAAUUUUUCGAUCCCUAAAAAAUGGGCUCCCAAAUUUCUGGGAAGGAUCCUUGGCUAGCUCCAGUUCCACCCAAGGACUUUGUUACAACUAUACGUACGGGAAAGAUACGGCCUUUCGGAGGGGUUAAAGGUCUAUCAUCGGCGAUUAACAAGCAACCCCGACAAGGCAAGAUCCAACUCACGGUAGGGGGUCUCGACGGGGACGAACGUCAAUAUAUCCAUCACAAAAGUCCGGAUAACGCCAUCCAUCAAUAUGAUCCCCGCCAUUAUGAGGAAUGGAAGAAUAUCUUACCGGAGCGAGCUCACAAGUUCAAAGUCGGAGCUUUCGGCGAGAAUAUCUCCUCCGCCCACCUCUCGGAGGACAACGUAUGCGUCGGCGACAAGUUCCGUUUUGGGCCCGAAGCCAUCAUUCAGGUCACCAUGCUCAGACAGCCUUGCUAUAAGCUAAAUCAUAGGUUUGAAUAUAAGAAAAUGUCGAGGCUUAUCCAGAGCACUGGUUUUACCGGGUGGUACUAUCGUGUUCUACAAGGAGGCCCCGUACAGGAAGGUGACGAGAUCGAAUUGAUUGAACGUAUCAAUGCACACUGGCCCCUCUCUAGAAUACACCAUGUCCUCUAUACGGACUUUAACAACAUGGAGGCCGCCGAGGAAAUUGGUAAAUUAGAGGGUCUGAGUAACGAGUUCAUUAAGCUGUUCCAGAAACGACUCUCCAACGGGACUGAGAACAUGAACGGGAGGCUUCUGGGCGACUUUGCCGUGCCAUGGCAGCUAUUUAAGUUAGUUGAGAAAACCAGACUGACCCCACGAGUCCAAAAGUUCGUCUUCGAGAAUGAAGAAUCCGAGAUAGACAUGGGAGACCUGAAUUUCGGGCGCUUUCCACAUGUGCGACUCAGGUUUGGGCCAGAUACCAAUUUCACCCGGGCUUAUUCGGUCGUGUCAGGAAACAUGAAAUCCUUCGAAUUGGGAAUUGCAAAAGAUGACCAUUCGAGAGGCGGAUCGUUAUUUCUACAUGAUAACCUGAAGGUUGGCGACGUUUUGGAGAUAGCUAAGGGACACAACGCGGUCAUUCCUAUAAUAAGCGAUGAUCAGGCCGAUACAUCAACGAGACACAUCUUUAUCUUGGGUGGCAUUGGUGUCACAGCCUUUAUUGGUGAGAUAAAAGCACUUGCAGAGAAAGCUGCGAACUUCGAAAUCCACUACGCUGUCCGCAGCAGAGACGAGGCUGCAUACCUUGAUCACUUACCAGCCAGUAAGACCACUGUUUACGCGAAGAAUGAGGGCAAUCGCCUAGAUAUAAACACGCUCAUUCCGCCGCUAGAAAAUUGCGUGGAUAAUUGUAAGCCUUUAGUAUACUGCUGCGGUCCCUCGUCGUUACUUGACGCAUGUCGGGACAUGACAACGAAGCUGGGAUAUCCCCGGUCGCAGACCCAUUUCGAGGAAUUCGGCAGUGCUAGUACGGGCACUGGAGAUCCCUUCGAAGCCGAAAUUAAAAAUAUUGGACAGGUUCUUCAAGUCCCCGGAGAGAAGUCGUUAUUGGACGUCCUUAACGAAGCUGGCUUCGAGAUUGACUCUUCGUGCCUCGUGGGCAAUUGUGGGACUUGCAUGGUGACCCUCUGCGAAGGAGAGGUUGCUCACCAGGGAGUAGCACUCGAAGAAGAACAGAAGGAAGGGAAUAUAUUGACUUGCGUGAGUCGUGGCAAGGGAAGGAUUCUGAUUGAUUGUUAGGAUUGUUAGGGAGAUCAGACCUGUCCUCGAGCAUUAGCGUUCCUUGAUACCACAUAUUAGUCCAACUCUCAUAAGUUAUAAAAGAAAUGCCACGUGAAUCUAUGAAUGGGAACUUAUUGGCAAGGCACUUGUCCUGUGAACAUCAUUGUGGAAUUGUCUACUAUAUUGUCAGUGCCGAAACUCGUGGACUGCCGUGUU